GUAACUCCGGAAGGCUGACGGGUGACAUAAGAAGUGAGGGCGGAAAACAUUCCUGCACUUCCGCCCGUGUGUGUCCGCGGUUAUGUGACGUCUGUAUUGGUUGCCGGAUGUGUCCUAUGUGCUGAGGUGGAGAUGUGUGUUGGCACUCAUGGCGCCCAAAGGAAAAGUGGCCACAAAGGGGAAGAAGCAGAUUUAUGAAGAGAACACGGAAACGCUGAGUUUCUAUCUACGCAUUAUCCUUGGAGCCACUGUCUUGUAUGGAGCUAUCAGCCUGGGGUUCUUCUACAACUCCUCUACGUUCUGGAGCUGGGCCACGUUGGCUUUCAGUGGUGUGAUUUAUGCAGUUGCAUAUCGUUCUAUGCGUAGCAUGGCCCAUGCAUCCUUCUCUGAAGAUGGAAACCUGCUGGACGGCGGAAUAGAUCUGAACAUGGAGCAAGGAAUGGCUGAACAUCUGAAGGACGUGGUGCUGCUAACGGCCAUUGUGCAGGUUCUGAGCUGCUUCUCCCUGUAUGUGUGGUAUUUCUGGCUGCUGGCUCCAGGACGCGCUCUGUAUCUUCUCUGGGUAAAUGUUCUGGGCCCCUGGUUCGCGGCUGAUUCAUCCUCAGAAGCUCCCCAAGAACAAAAUGAAAAGCGUCAGCGACGCCAGGAAAGGCGACAGAUGAAGCGCUUCUGAUGGAUAUUCCGUGGACUGGGACAUGUGACUGCCAGUGCUGCUCCUGGACUUGGGUAGAUCGGUCUGAGAGGACGACAGAGUGUCACUUUUCUACCUGUUAUUGGAGACAGCAAUGCUAAUUACACUGUGCUCUUUAAAUCUCA